ACACACAAGAAUGAACCUCACUGGUUAGUAAAUUAAACAAAUUAGUAAAUCGUGGCCACGGGGCUCCAUAGUUAUAUAGUUACAUAGUUAUAUAAAAUCUAAGUAAAUAUUUUUAUUGGAAAACAUGGUAACACUGUGGCCUCUUUUAUCAAUGAAACCUUGUUAGGUGGAAGUUAGAAGGUGAACAAACAAAAUUACAUUGGCGUGUUUUAAAACCAUGAUGUGAGUCACGCUUGUUGACAACAAAGUCUCAGAGAUUCCUCAGUGACCACAGCAUCUUUGAAGGUUUUUAUUGUAUCGGAAGUAGACUGAGGUCGCUGAAAAUGCUCCGGUGUUGCCUUGGCCUUCUCUCCACUUUUUGACUUCCAUUAUGGAAAACAUUUCUUGAGGAGGUCCUGUUUGUCUUCUGAGGAAUGUGUCGUAGUGACUCACGGAUGAAUUGUGUCCAGUGUUGUGCUGUUGUUUGUCACCAGAGACUGUACUGGAAACUACCCCUGUAGUUUGUGACUGUCACUCUCACUGUUUUCCACACAUGGUGGAGUCAUGCAGAGACUCUUGCGAUAAUUGAAACCAGUCAGAGUGGUAACAAGUUAAAGCAUUUAACAUCUUAAGACACUAAAACAUUGAUCGUGUUUUCAGUUCUGAAAUCUUUUAUUGUAAAAAGAUCCAGAUGCUGUGUGUCACCGUGAAGUUUAGGAGCACAUUUCAGUUUAUAAGGUUUGAUAACACAAUGGCUAGUUAUUCAGCUUGCUGGAAGUUCACAGUUUGCAGUUAGAAGGGAAGAAAUACUUAAAAGCAUGUGGAAUUGUAUUAUCAUUUAAGGAAUGUUAAAAAUCUGGUGGUUUAGAGGCACAGAAUAAAGAAUGUGAUCUACAUCUUCACUGCUGUGUGGAAAAGUUGAAGGUUCAUGCUUUGCAUGAGGCUAACCUUCUAAUAUUAAUACAUUAAUAUCAAGCUUUGUUAAUUUGUACUUUUUUGUCUAUUUUAUGUCCACAGAAGUGUUAACUAAACAAACUAAAAUUAUUAAAAAUGGUUUUCAUUAAAUGCACAAUCUGUAUUUUUUCGCCGCUAGGGGUCACUAACCUCUUCAAAACAAUAACAAAGGCGUAGAUUGAUGACGCAUUGAAUGAGCGUGGACUCAUGGAACUUGUCAUCAUGCCGAUGGAUCUAAUAAUGUUUAUGGGGAAAUAAUGUUUAUGGCCGUGAAUCACGGACGCGAUUGCUAAUGAGAGACAGAUAUCAGUGCCACACGCGAGUCCCAGGGGAUAUAAAGGAAUGAAGACAUUUUGUUCUACCGAACUACUUGAAAUACUACUCAUACAGCAGGAACGAGAGUUCAGUUUGGAGUCCGAUCACAUAGAGAGUGGCAAAGGAAGAUGCCCAUUCCAUCCCAACAGCCCUUCAGUGUCCACUGUGUACCGAGGGGAGUUGUUUGUUGGCUUGUACACUGAUUAUUGGGAGAACGAUGCUGCUCUAUAUCGUCUAGGCAACCACAGCUUCAUUAGGACUGAAGUGGGUGACAGACAGCAGCUGAAUGAGCCAAAGUUUGUUGGUGCAGCAGUGAUCCCUGACAAUGACGAUCCUGCUGAUGAUAAGGUUUACUACUUCUUCACGGAACGGGUGGCCAACAUGGAUGGAGGAAACAAAGCCGUCUACACCAGAGUGGGCAGAGUCUGUGCGAAUGACCAGGGUGGUCAAAGAAUGCUGGUAAACAGAUGGAGCUCUUUCCUGAAGACUCGUUUGAUCUGCUCAGUGGCUGGACCCAACGGCAUUGACACACACUUUGAUGAGCUCGAGGAUGUGUUUGUGCUGCGGAAGAAAGAUGAGAAAAAUCCAGAGAUCUUUGGUCUGUUCAGCACUACCAGCGCCGUGUUUAAAGGAUACGCAGUGUGCAUGUAUAACAUGGAAGACGUCCGUGCAGCGUUUAAUGGGCCUUUUGCACACCGGGAACAUUCUGACCACCACUGGAAGGUGUAUGAUGGCAGGGUCCCCUACCCGCGACCUGGAUCGUGUGCCAGUAAGAUAAACGGAGGCCAGUUCUCCAAUUCAAAGGCAUACCCGGACGAGGUUCUUCGUUUUGCGCGUUCCCAUCCCCUCAUGUUCCAGGCCGUGCAGCCCGUUCACAGGCGGCCCAUUCUGCUGGACACCGAAGGAGGACGUAAACUCACACAGCUGGCGGUGGACCGGGUAGAAGCUGAGGAUGGACACUACAAUGUUCUCUUCAUAGGGACUGAUAAUUCUGUAGUAUUAAAAAUGAUCACAAUCUACAACAAAGAAGCCGACACAGUUGAAGAGGUUCUUCUGGAGGAAUUGCAGGUUUUCAAGGUCCCUGUUCCUAUUACAGAGAUCCUUGUCUCUACCAAAAGACAACAGCUGUACGUGGGCUCUGAGCUGGGUGUAACGCAGAUCCGUGUGCACCAUUGUGGGCUGUACGGUUCCGCCUGCGCAGACUGCUGCCUAGCCAGAGACCCCUACUGUGCCUGGGACGGGUUCACGUGUUCCCGGUACUACCCUGCUGGCCUGUAUACCAAAAGGCGCUUCAGACGGCAAGACGUCCGCCAUGGCAACGCGGUUCAGCAGUGCAAUGGGCUUCAGCUUAGUGAAGAACAAAGCAUCUCAGAAAAGCUGGUAUAUGGUGUGGAGAACAACAGUACCCUACUGGAGUGCAGACCACGAUCACUUCAGGCGUCUGUAAUGUGGUACAUUCAACAUGGCAUGGACAUGGAGGAGGUGAAAGGUGAUGAUCGUGUGAUUCAAACCCCCCAUGGCCUGUUGCUCCUUAAAAUAGCGAAGGGAGACGCAGGAGUCUAUGUGUGCCAGUCCACGGAGCACGGCUUUGUCCAGACGGUGGUGCGCAUCACUUUGGAGGUGCUGGAUGAGGGCAAAGUUGAGGGUCUAUUCCAUAAAGGGGAGGAGGAGGAGGAAGGAGAUUCUCUGCACAGACCUCCGCCCUGCAACUUUCCCAGCCUACCCUCCGCCUCCUCAAAGCUCUGGUACAAAGAUUUCAUGCAGCUGAUUGGCUACAGCAACUUCCAGCGGGUUGAGCAGUACUGUGAGAAGGUGUGGUGUGUAUCCGACAGGAAGAGGAAGAAACUCAAGGGAAUAUCACCCAAAUGGCGGUACACACCCGGGGCAGAGCAGCGGGCGAGAGCACGGGCACCUCGACACACACAGUAAAGACGUUAGAUGAUACAACAAACCAUUUAAACGCAUGCCUCAUGCAGACGAUUAAAUAUAGACAUUUAUUAUUAUAUUAUUAUAAUUUAUUAUCAUAAUUAUUAUUAUAUAAAAGAACAAAUGACUGAUAAAAUCAUUUAAAACUUUUCUUUGGAGUCUUACCGUUGCGUCAUUCAAUCUGAUAACCAUUACUCUACAGUCAAUAUGCCAGAUAGUUAAAGGUACACUAAGUAAUUUUCUCGUAGACUUCAUGGAUUUGAGCAAGAAGAGGUAUACCACAUUAUGUAUUACUUUUAUAUGCUACAUUGCUGUCUCAUUGCAUUUUUCUGAUGAUUUACACUGCUGUGCAAAAGUUUGGGGUCAGUAAGAUUUUUUUUUUUUUUUUUUUUUUUGUGUGUGUUUUUGUAUUCAGCAAGGAAGCAUUAAAAUUACGGCUGCACGUUUUAUCGCACAAUACGAAAAAUAACUUAAAUUGAACUUAAACGUGAUUAUCGCUUAAUCGCGAUUCUUAGUGCGAUUAUGAAACCGCAAAGACUGCGAUUAUUUAUUUAUUUAUUUUUUAUGCACAGCUUGUCAAUGAAGUAUAUGGCUCCAAAUGCUAAUCCAUCUGAAAGCACUGUGAGUUUGAGUAUUUUAUUAUGUACAUUUGAAAAAGCACAUGUGUCAAACAUAUUUCCAGACAUGAGAAACAUUUAUUAACAUAUUGUCCAACAAAAGACAACAAUUAAUAACAUGUUUUUACUCCAAACUCACUUCAUAACGAUAGUUCAGCUUCCUUCUGUUAGAUGAUGUGGCUUCUCACACAGAAUAAGGCAGUCGUGUGUUUAUUAGUCAUGUUUAUUCAAAGCGUUUCGAUCUUCUGUUUAUUCAGCUACAGCAAUAUUAUGUUAUCUUCUUCUGCGGCAGGGCAUAUUUGGAGUUUUUGCCCAAGAGCGCCCUCUGACUUUCAGAUGGAGAAGCAUUUACUACUGAUCACAGAGUCGUACAGCUCUGACAACGCGUGCGGUUUAAUCGCGAUAAAUUGUGCAGCCCUAAUUAAAAUGAUCAAAAAGUGAUAGUGAAGACUUUAACAUUGUCACAAAAGAUUUCGGUUUCAAUGUAUUUUUGGACUGUCUAUUUAUCAAAGAAUCUUUGAAAAAAAUUGUUUCCACAGAAAAGCUGAGCAGCAUGACUGUUUUCAACAUGGAUUAUAAUAGGAAUGUUUCUUGAGCACCAAAUCAGCAUUAGAAUGAUCUCUGAAGGAACUGUUAUUUUAAAUUUUAAUAUUUCACAAUAUUUUCUGACCAAGUAAAUGCAGCGUUGGUGAGUAUAAGAGACUUAAAAAAAAAAAUUAAAAAUGUAAUCUUACUAACCCCAAGCUUUUGAACAAUGUAUUUUGUUUAAAUUCAGUGAAUGGUGUCCUGUAAUUGGAAAUAAAAUAAAGCAAUAAUCCCCACAAAGCAGUGGAUUACAGUGAAUUUAUAACAGCUAAAGGACGUUUUUAGGCACGACGCGGAGCAGAGUUGUUUUAGCUGUUAUAAAUUCACUGUAAACCACGGCUUCACGGGGCUUAUUGCUUUUAUAAAACGGUUACCACACAAUACAAAUAUUAAAGCCAAAAAAUAUGUAUCAAUGCAACUUUCAUGAAGUAAAAUCAUUAAAAGGUUUCCUUCCACUGGAAAAAAAUAGUCCCUAAUCGUGAAUAGCAACAGAAGUUGCAUUUAUUAUGCCAUUAGAUGGCGGCAAAGAUUGUUUUUAUGAGCAAGUCACUCAGUCGCAAAGACUUUUAUAUUGAAACUUGUUGUGAACACGGAACAAGACCCAAAUGCUUUGACUAGCGCUGUCAGUGUCAGCAGGGAACGGGAAAACCCAUUAAAUGUUAAAAGGACAAGACCGCAGCGGACAUUCAAACAGAUUUUUAUUAUGAACAUAGGACUAACCUGAAAGAAAAUGCUAAAUUUGAAUGCAGGUAAUGCACUCGGUCACCUGAUAUCUCUCUCAAAAUACUCUUCUACAUAAUGUAGUAAGCUUCAGUGAACAAAAUCAAUAGAGAACAAUCAUAUGUUUACGUUGCUAAGAGUGGUUGCUAAGACAUGCAGCAACAUACACAUUCAGUGGUGCAGCGAUACUAACGUAAUGCGGUCAGCUGUAUGUUUUCAGGCUUUACAAUGGCUUUGAACGUGGUUCAACCAAUCAGAAUCAAGGGCCUGAACUAUCCAUUUUAUAAUGUAUGUUUUACAUUUUUAAUUCAGUUUAAUGUUAAUAACAGUUGUCAGUUUGGUCAAAUAAUUCUUAAAAUAAUAAUUAAAAUAAAAAUAAAAAAAAUAUUAAAAAACGGUUUGAAGUAUUGUAUUAUGGGAAAUAGAAUUCUUUAAAGUGCUGUACACUACAUGUUUUAGAAAGUAAUGGGUCAUCUGGCUUUUCCAAGCAUACAGAAAAUUUGUAAAAGUUACAUACCGCAUGCAUACUACAGAAGUAGUAAUAGUUGGUAGCAUGUUAUUCCAAACCAUGUAAUUACUUGGUGUACCUUUUUAAAUAGAAUGAGGAAGAAAAUGUGUAAUUGAUUUGAAUAUUUGUACAGGGUUCUUGAAUAACAUUUCAGUUUCAAAGAAAAUACCAUGGUUGCUUCUGAGGGAACAUGCAGUGCUACCUGACUGACUGGGCCGUUAAAAGACAAGGGGUUGAAAGACCUUCUCAGGAUCUGACAAAUGACAUUUCCUCUUGGACUGCUCUGAACAAUGACAAAUGGUAGAGACCGGUUGUCCUCUUGUCAACAAUGUGAGAUUUAUUUCGAAAUCCUAAUAAAUCCUAUUAGGAUUUCACUGAAUGACUUUUCCACUGUUGGCAAUCUAAAUUCAGCAGUUCACGGGUGUCAACCUUGCGCACAUACUGAGUAUAUUUAUCUGUAUUUUCAUUGUUUUAUAAAUUAUUCUAGUUGGUGUAAUAUUUGCUAGUGUUUUUCUUAGAUGUUCUUGUAGUUUUAACUGGACAUGUAUUACUGCAUUACAAUUUUGUAUAUAGGUUUGAUCACAUCUAUAGCAUUUAAAUAAAAACAUCAUCUUCCUUGGUUAGAAUUUUAAGACAUGCAACAAUAUUUUUAUGUGAAAUGCUAAGUUAGAACUAUCAUAAUAUUCCAAUUUGGUGUGUGAUGUUUCAAAGUAUGUAAAAUUGUUAUGUGUUGUGUAAUAAAUACCAUAAAUCCA